AUGGCCGCUAGCCUGAGGAGGCCCUCCUUCACCUUCUGCUCUUCCUCCUCGACCGAAGCCGACGACGAGGGCGACGUGCAGCGCGGCGUGACGACAGCCUUGACGCGUCCGGAGAAGCGCGGCUUCUCCCUCCUUUCCAGGUUUGCGGUGAGCAUCGGCUACUGGGACGACCCCUACAUCCAGCAUUUCGUGAGGCUCUCUAAAGAGAGGAAGGCCCCUGAGAUUAACAGAGGUUAUUUUGCUCGAGUCUACGGCAUCGGUCAGCUUAUAAAGGCAUUUUUGCGGAAAACAGAAUGCCACUGCCAGAUCAUAAACCUCGGGGCUGGGAUGGACACCACCUUCUGGAUAUUAAAGGAUCAAGACCUUCUCCCAAGCAAAUAUUUUGAAGUCGACUUUCCAAUGAUAGUCACCAGAAAGCUGCACACCAUCAAGUUGAAGCCGCCACUGUCGCAGCCCAUCUUAGAGCUGCACUGCGAGGACACCCUGCAGAUGGAUGGACACUUGUUGGAUUCAAAGAGAUACGCCAUUAUUGGAGCCGACCUUCGAGAUAUACCUGAACUGGAAGAGAAACUAAAGAAAUGUAACAUGAAUACACAGUUGCCAACACUCCUGGUGACUGAAUGUGUGCUGGUCUACAUGACUCCGGAGCAGUCUGCAAACCUGAUCAAGUGGGCAGCCAGCAGUUUUGUGACGGCCAUGUUUGUGAACUACGAACAGGUGAACAUGGAAGACCGGUUUGGGCAGAUCAUGGUGGAGAACCUGCGGAGGCGGCAGUGCGACCUGGCCGGGGUGGAGAUUUGCAAGUCCCUGGAGUCGCAGAAGCAACGGCUCCUGUCCAACGGGUGGGAGACCGUGUCGGCCGUGAACAUGAUGGAGCUGUACAGCCGGCUGCCGCGGACGGAGGUCAGCAGGAUAGAGUCCCUCGAGUUCCUGGACGAACUGGAGCUCCUGGAGCAGCUCAUGCAGCACUACUGCCUCUGCUGGGCGACCAAAGGCGGAAGCCAGCUCGGUUUGAAGGACAUCACUUGCUAACCUGCCCAGGCCCGUGGUACCAGAACCCGAGCUACCAGCUGCCCGGAGCCGACACGCAAUGCCAGCCUCCUGGGCGCAGCCCGGGCCUCGUCUGCCGGUCAAGCCCACCCCAACUCGGAGCCUGCGGCCGGGGCUGCCGCGGCACUUCCCGCUCCUGUUGACCUGUCCUUUAAAUAAACCUCAGUUGGCAGUUA